CGACCGCGAGCCCGGUCAUUUCGGUCCGACAUGUGCACGAAGGUGUUGAUCAACAGCGGCGCCCGGCAACCGCCCGCGGCCAUCGUCCGGUUCGUGGUGCAUGGAACAUUGGCAUGGCUAUACUUUCAUGUCAUGUGGAUGGCCGGUUCCGUGGACUGGGACUCGAUCGUGUUCCCGACCAUCAGCGAGGUUGGAAAAUUCAUGUCGUUCAUGCUUACGAUGUGGACACUGAUCAUGCAUUUAGGAUUUUUCAUGAUAGCUACAAUAUUGGAUUUCUUUGAAUUGAUUCCACAGUCUGUCAUUAUCGGAAAAUUAGUCAACAAAAUUCGAGAAGCGAAUGACUUCUUUUUCAUGACUGUGAUGCUGCCAAUAUCUAUGUGUGUGUGUAGCGGAUUUUGGUCUGCAUGGGUAUUAUUUAACGAUAUUAUUUAUCCAUCAGCUGUAAACAAUGUCAUACCAGUAUUUAUCAAUCACGUGUCACAUACAACUCCUAUUUUCGUCGUGUUUAUUGAAUUGUGUCUCUGUUACCACGCAUCGCCAAGAGUAAAACCAGCCAUUACCAGUCUUGUCACUGUUGAAACUAUUUACCUAUUAACAAUGAUCACGUUGCGAAUUCAACACGGCAGAUGGGUGUACUUAUUGAUUGACAUUUACGUAAAUACGAUUCCAAAAUUUAUCUUUGUGUUUUCGUUUCUCAGUUAUAUCGUACCAAUUAUCUUCUUGGUCAGUUGUCUCAGGUUGAAUAACUAUAUCUGGGGGUUAAAAACUAAUGGACGCGUUUCCAGGGAUGUUUCUUAUCAAUAUAAUAAAAAAAUAACGUGAAGAGGAGCUCCUAGCUCCAAAUUGUCUUGCUGAAAUUUUAUCCGGGAGCAUUUUGGUAUUGUGUAAUAUUCAAAAUGCAUAUUUUAUUGUAAUAGUUUUAUUUUAACGUAAUUAGCGAUAAUGAAUAACAUAUUUUAUUAUGUCAAAUGUUUAAUCCUUCAGUUUUUUUUUUUUUUUUGAAAGUGCAACAAGCAUAUUUAAUUUAGAACAUACUAUAUAUACAUUUUAUAAAUAAUGUAAUGGUCUCAAAUGUGAUUUUUUUUUAAAACUUAUUUUAUACAAUUAUAUAUUUAUAUGUAACUGCCUUCAUUGUCCACCGAUUUUUGUUAUUGCUGAAAACAAAAAUAAUGUACAUCAGUAUCAGUACGUAAAGAUUAAUAUAAAUUUGAAAAAGUUUUUUUUGUGGGAAUCAAUUAUUUUUCAAAUAAAAAAAAAAGUACCUAUAUUUACGGUUAAGAGUACCUUUAGGCUCUAACCUAGUCAGGAUUAAUUUUUUAAGUAAUUCUGUCGGUAUUUAAUAGUACUAUUUAAGUAUGGAGUUUUAUGAUUUUAUUUAUUUCGAUUGAGUGUAUAUAGUUAUUGAUGGGUAUGGAAAAUACCCUUAUACAACACAGAGUUGGUAGGAAAUAUUUUUUUAGCAUAUUUGUAAAUAUUUAAAGGGUUAUGGUAUAUUUAUUAUAGUUUCUUAUAGCAUAUCUUGGAAUAUUUUGUAAAUAAUUAUAAGAAAAUUAUACUAAUUUAUUUUUAUUUUAAAUUAUAUUAAUAUCAAGGUA